AUGCCGAGGUUUUAUGAUCCAACCAAGACUGAUCCUACAAUCAUAGCAAUAAAUUGGGUCGAUUAAAUUUUAACAGAAAAACUAAAAACCUUAUCUCAAGAGGAUAUUUAAAACUACAUAAAAAGAUUUCAACAAGAAAAAUUAUUUGCGAAUUACAAAAACAAAGAAAUUGUUAUUAGUAAUAAUUGUUCAAGAGGAAAUAUGUACUUAGAUUAUGAUAAUCUACAGAAUAAAUAUUUUCCUGUAUUGAAUAAUGGAAAUUAGAUAGUCGUUUGCUAAAAUAUGAUUCUAAAUAGUGUAUAAUUAUUAGAAAACUUAAUCAGAGAAUUUGAAUUGUCACAAAGUUAAAUUGAAGCAUAAGGAUGCAAAUAUAUUUCAGCAUGUAGCAAAGCUUACAAAAUAUACAAAUUUCCUUUUGAGAAACACAAAUAAUUAAGUGAUAUCUGUGCAAAAAUGUUGAUGAGGCAUAGAGGAUAGAAUAAAGAUCAAUUGCCAUUAGAUUAAUGGAUUAGACACAUAGAAACAGAAAUAAAAUAUUAAUAAUGUUAUAAUAUUUGA